UCAGAAAGUUGAAUUGUCAUCUGUUGUAAAAUAAAGAAAUACCUAAAAAACCCAGUACAGUACAUAACUAAUAUCGACAAGCAGAGUUGGGAGGACUUUAUAAUAUACUGUAAUAAGGUAUAUGAAAUGUAUUAAGAGCGUUGUUUGCAGUGCAACGUGGUAUUUAAUUAUUUUUUUCUGUGAUAUAUAAACAAAAGAUGAGUGAAGGUGAACCCACUUUAGUUGACAAGUCGGAAAGUAGUUCUUUUGAAGAUUUAGCUUCGGCAGCAGCUCAUGAAAUAGAGGAAGCUAAAUUAGCAGAAGCCGCUGAAAGAGAAAAACAAAAGGCACCCAUUGAAAAGACCGAUGAGUGGCAGGAUCUAUUGGGAUCUGGAGCCAUCCUGAAAAAGAUUAUAAAGCAAGGUGAUGAGUCCGAAGAUUUAAGGCCUCAAAGAAAUGAUAUAUGUAGAAUUAGUUAUGAAGUAAAAUUACGCGAUGGAAAUAAAGAAAUGGUAGAAAAGAGGGACCAAGUUAAAAUUUAUCUGGGUGAUAAUGAGAUACUUCAAGGGCUAGACUUGGCAUUGACUUUGAUGUACAAAGGUGAAAUAUGUUUGCUACAAAUCGCACCAAGGUUUGCAUACGGCGAGACUGGCUUAAAUCCAGGAGACAGUUUGGGUUUGGUUGGCGAAAUAGAUAGCCCCAAAUACGAUGGACCCCCCAUAGGGUCAGAUACUUGGUUACAAGUUAGACUAGAGCUACACGAUUGGACUGAAGAGCCUGAUCAUGAUACGCUGCCAAUUGCUGAAAGAAUGCAAAUAGGAAUUCGGCGGCGUUGCCGUGGCAACUGGUGGUACACGCGCGGCGAGGCCCAGCUGGCGGUACAGCUGUACCGGCGCGCGUUGGACGUGCUGGACGAGAGCGAGGGCGGUAUCACGGACCCGACCGCGAGCGGCGAGCUGGCGCCCACGCCGGACGACCUCAUGGCGCUGCUGGAGGAGCGGCUGCGCGUCCACAACAACAUGGCGGCCGCGCAGCUAAAGGCCGGCGCGUACGAGGCCGCUUUGCAGGCCGUGACGCGCGUGCUCACGUGCCAGCCGAACAACGCGAAGGCGCUGUACCGCAAGUCGCGCAUCCUGACGGCGAUGGGGCGCGGCAGCGAGGCGCUGGGCGCGGCGCGCGCCGCCGCCGCCGCGGCGCCGCGCGACGCCGCCGUGCGCCGCGAGCUGGCGGCGCGCGAGGGGCAGGCGCGCCGCGACCGCUCGCUGGAGCGCGGCCUGGCGCGCCGCAUGCUCGCCGCCGCCCGCGAGCCCUCGCCCCCCAAGCGCCCCUCCAGGGCCAAGAUGCUAGUGUGGGGCUCGCUGCUGCUGAGCCUGCUGGUGGGCGUGGCCAGCGUGCUCGUGUACCGCUACAAGCACCAGGCGCAGUGAGACACGGGCCCCGCGACUGAGGCGUAACUUAAUGAAUGGGGAUGGCAUGUAGCUGAUUAAAAUUCUAACUUCCACAUUUUUAUAAAGCUAAGCUUUAUACAUAGAGAGGGAUCACAAAACAAGAGAUUCAUCUCGAGGAGUUGAUUAUUGAAAAUAUAUCAGUUUAAUAUAAUAUUUUGUAGUAAAAUAAUAGCAUAUAAGCUGAUCACUUUUCCGAUUCGCUCCUCUCUGAUUUAGCAAAUGGAAUCGUUACAACUGGCUUUGUAACGAUUUUUAGUUUACUUUAUUCAUUUUUAUUCACAAAAAAUAUAUCAAAGUUUACAUAUUGUAUGAUAUUCAAAGUUUUAGUUGUUAGCUAGUGCCAAAAUCACACUCUUAAUGUUAUAAUAUGUAUUUAUUAAAUAUAAGUAAAAGUAUUUUAUCUUCUACAUUGCUUAAAGGCAACGUAUGUGAAAUCCCCUCUGGUACAUAUUUAUAAUAAAUAUAUCAUGUUAAAUACAGAAUACGUAAUACACUGUAAAAAUAUUUUUUGAAACUUUAUAGUUUAAGGCUUAACUUUGAACGCAUUCCAAAAUAAAUUAACGAUUUAAUUGAAAACGUAUUUUUAUGGUGCUUUAUUUUUAACCGCAUCAGGCACUCGUAUGAGCAUUUCCAGAAACAUAUAUAGCUAUUUUUAUAGUACAAAUGUACGAACAAAUUAUUACUUUAUAAACUGUGUUGGAUUCUUUUUGAUUAGGUCACUUGACGAAUUAUUAUUUGGAUAUUGGUUUGGUGUAGUUAUAAUAUUAAAUAGUGGAAAAAUAGACCGGUGGUACUGUAUAAUAAAAUUGUUGAAAAUUAA